AUGUCUUCUGAGCAUGGUGGUCCUGCCAUCCAUGUGUGGAUUUGGGGCAUUUGGGUGGUGAGCCUUGGAAGUGACCCGAUUGCUUGCGAAUUGAGGGAGAAUUCUGGUUCCAUCCCACCAGAUCAGAAAUCGUUCCAGCCUCGGAACCUUUCUGAAUCCGAGGCGUCCCGGUCACUUUGUGCUGGAGCAGGAAAGAACUUGCACAACUUCUUCUUCUUCUUCUUCUUCUUCUUCUUCUUCUUCUUCUUCUUCUGUGUGUUGGCGAUGCUUCAGCACACCAAAUCCAAGUGUUCCUUUUAA